GGCAAAUAAAAACAAUAACCAUUAUCAACAAAACAAUUAAUCCAAUUAUUAAUCAAAUAAUAAUAAUAACAAUAAAAACAAGCAAAUCAUCCUCAGAUCGGAGCCGAACCUUAAAGAAUUACAAUGUCGAGCGACAGCGACGAGGACGAGCUUCUUCAGAUGGCCUUGAAGGAGCAAGCUCAGCGCGAUCUCAACUACCAGAAGCCUGCCUCUCGGAAGCCCGUCGCGAAUUACGUUCAGCCUCCGAAAUCGUCUACGGUGGCGGCGACGGUGAAGUCCGGGAGACCGCCGGCGAAGAAGUAUGAAGAGGAGGAGGAGUCUGAGGUGGAGAUGCUGAGCAUCUCGAGUGGCGACGAGGAGGUGAGUAAAGAUCGAGGAUUUACUGCUAAAAAUAGAGUGAGAGGAGGAAGGCGGGACGACGACGCAUGGGACGGUGACGAACCUAAUUGUUGGAAGCGCGUUGAUGAGUCCGAGCUUGCUCGUCGAGUUCGUGAGAUGCGGGAGACAAGAACAGCUCCAGUGGCUCAAAAAUAUGAGCGGAAGCCGUCUGCCAUUGGUGGGAAGGGGCUUCAUACUUUGUCAUCCUUACCACGUGGCAUUGAAUGGGUUGAUCCACUGGGAUUGGGGAUAAUAGACAACAGGUCGUUUAGAUUGAUCUCUGAGAAAUCGCCACAUACCCCAUCAAUUCCUGAUAGAGAAUUUCUAGAUAGUGGCAAACGCGAGAAAUUGAUGUACUACUCCGAAGGUUUUGAUGCAAAGCUGUUUCUAUCUCGAAUUCACCAAGAUACUAGCUCAGCAGACUUGGAGGCUGGUGCUCUUGCUUUAAAAACUGAUCUCAAAGGACGGACCCAGCAGAGAAAAAAGUUGGUUAAAGACAACUUCGAUUGCUUUGUCUCUUGCAAAACUACCAUUGAUGAUAUUGAGUCAAAAUUGAAGCGAAUUGAAGACGACCCUGAAGGUUCAGGGACAUCUCACUUAUUCAAUUUGAUGCAGGGAGUAAGCUUGCAUGCUAAUCGUGCUUUUGAACCUCUAUUUGAGAGACAGGCUCAAGCUGAGAAGAUAAGGUCUGUCCAAGGAAUGCUUCAGAGGUUCAGAACGUUAUUUAACUUACCCAGUACAAUUCGUGGGAGCAUUAGCAAGGGUGAAUAUGACCUGGCAGUCAGAGAAUACAAGAAGGCGAAGUCAAUUGCAUUGCCCUCUCAUGUGAAUAUACUGAAACGUGUUCUUGAAGAGGUUGAAAAGGUGAUGCAGGAGUUCAAAGCCACACUUUUCAGGUCUAUGGAAGAUCCACAAAUAGACUUGACAUAUCUUGAGAAUACUGUGAGGCUGUUACUGGAGCUGGAACCUGAGUCCGAUCCCGUAUGGCAUUAUUUAAAUGUACAGAAUCACAGAAUUCGAGGUUUAUUUGAGAAGUGCACCAUGGAUCAUGAAGCAAGGAUGGAAACUUUGCAUAAUGAGUUACGUGAAAGAGCUAUGACUGAUGCAAGGUGGCGGCAAAUUCAACAAGAUUUAAACGAAUCUUCAGAUGCUGACUACUCUCUUACUCUUGGGAACAACCAACUGCCAGUAGAUUCACUGCCAGUGGAGUUGACUGGUGAAGAGGUUGAUGCUCUUAGAGGAAGGUAUAUCCGAAGAUUAACAGCUGUACUCAUCCAUCACAUACCAGCUUUCUGGAAAGUUGCGCUUUCUGUGUUCAGUGGAAAAUUUGCAAAGUCUUCCCAAGUUUCUUCUGAGUCAAAUAGUAAUACUUCUGCAAAUAAAGCUGAAGAUAAAAUUGGAGAUGGGAGGUAUUCGGUUCAUUCUCUUGAUGAAGUUGCUGGAAUGAUACGCAAUACAUUAUCUGUGUAUGAAAUCAAGGUUCACAACACAUUUCGUGAUCUUGAAGAGUCAAAUAUUCUCCGUUCAUACAUGAGUGAUGGCAUAAAGGAAAUAUCUAAAGCAUGCCAAGCUCUUGAAGCAAAAGAGUCAGCCCCCCCUAUUGCUGUAAUGGCACUCAGGACACUUCAGGCCGAGAUCACUAAGAUUUACAUUGCCAGGCUGUGCUCUUGGAUGCAAGUUUCCACAGAUGGAAUAUCAAAAGAGGAAAUAUGGGUGCCAGUAUCCAUUCUUGAAAGGAAUAAAUCUCCCUACACUAUCUCUUAUUUGCCCCUAGCCUUUCGUUCAAUUAUGAAAUCCUCAAUGGAUCAGAUCAGUUUGAUGAUUCGGUCUUUAAGGAGUGAGGCUACAAAAUCAGAAGAUAUGUUUGUGCAGCUUCAAGAAAUUCAAGAAUCUGUUAGACUGUCUUUUUUGAACCGUUUCCUAGAUUUUGCAGGUCAUUUAGAGCAUGUUGCCAGUGAGCUUGCUCAAAACAAAUCAACCAAAGAAAAUUCGGUUUUACAAAAUGGAUAUUCAUCUGAACCAUAUGGAGAGUUAUCGUCUGAUCUCCCAGGAAGUGUUGUUGAUCCACAUCAACGUCUGCUGGUUGUCUUAAGCAAUAUUGGUUACUGCAAAGAUGAAUUAUCAUCUGAGCUGUACAACAAGUACAAACAUAUCUGGCUUCAGUCUAGGGAAAAUGAUCAUGAGGACGGCGAUAUACAAGAUUUAGUGAUUUCUUUCUCUGGACUUGAAGAGAAGGUUCUUGAACAGUAUACAUUCGCUAAGGCAAAUUUGAUCAGAUCCGCAGCCACAACCUUUUUGUUGGAUUCUGGUGUUCAAUGGGGAGCUGCACCUGCUGUCAAAGGUGUGCGUGAUGUAGCUGUUGAAUUGUUACACACUCUUGUAGCUGUUCAUGCAGAGGUCUUUGCUGGUGCUAAGCCUCUCUUGGACAAGACACUCGGCAUUCUUGUGGAAGGUCUGAUUGAUACUUUUCUUAGCCUUGUCGAUGAACACAGAUCUAAAGAUCUUAAGUCACUUGAUGCAAAUGGUUUCUGUCAGCUCAUGCUUGAGCUUGAAUAUUUCGAGACUAUACUGAACCCAUAUCUUACACCUGUUGCAACGGAAUCUCUAAAGUCUUUACAAGGCGUGCUAUUGGAGAAGGCCACUGAGAGUGUCUCCGAGGCUGUUGAGAAUCCAGGCCAUCAUCGCAGGCCAACUCGCGGGAGUGAAGAUGCCCUUGCAGAUGAAAGACAGCAAGGGAUGACUGUGUCUCCAGAUGAUCUAAUUGCUCUUGCGCAGCAGUAUAGCACAGAGUUGCUUCAAGCUGAACUCGAGAGGACUCGUAUCAAUACAGCAUGCUUUGUGGUGUCGAUUCCGAUGGACUCUUUGCCAGAAUCAGCUAAAGCCGCGUACGCGUCCUUCCGAGGUUCAAUGGAUGCUUCAAGCAGACCCUACGGAGCAAUGGAUUCUCCCAGUAGAAAUUACAGAGGUGCACAACCAACUGGAUCCCCUAGUUUUUCACGGCAAAGGCGCAGAUAAAAUUUAGUGUGUAAACUGUAAACCAACAAUUUUUGUCAACAUGAUUUUCCCAAUCCGUGUGUAUGCUUAAGUGUUGUAUUUUAAUUGUUCAUACAUUUUAUUGAAUGAAAUCAGUAUUCUUUCUAUUGUAAAUCCCACCUUACGAGUAUAUUUGAUUUUGGAAUGUUGCCCCUGCCAUACUUUGGUUAUAUUCUCUGACCUUGAUUCAGAAAUUUCAUUAUCAAAUUAUAAUUUGAUUA